GAACAUUUUAACGGAUUACUUAGUGCGUUCUAAGUGCGUUUAUAUUAAUAAGUGCACACUUGAACUUCAAGUUAAAUUAAUAGGUACCAUACGCGUUAACUACUUAUAGGAAAACGGAAUAAAUCAUAAAAGAAAAAUGCCCGGGGAAUCAGCGCAGUCCCCUCUGCCAACGGUGACCCCGCCACGGCUCCUAUCGCCAGCUAAAUCGAGGCUGCAAUCCAGAGGAAAUUCCCUGCCUGAAGAUGCAGGAAACCGUUCACCAUUUGUACCAACUCCUGACGCACCAAGACCGCCAACGGAUGAGUUUUCGGAAAGAGAUCCGGUCUUCCUGACAGACAUAUCAUUGCGAGAGAUCGAUACUAUCAACGAGACCGGGGAAGAUACCGAUCAGCCUGAUGCAAGGAAACACCGUAGCGAAGACGGGGAAGAAGACGAUGAGGAGGUCGGUUCACAAAUAGAGUCUGACACAGAGUCAGUCGAGAUAGACGCAGAUUAUGACACCGAUUUAGAAAUGGAAACAGACAAAUGGUUAAACCCGGAGCUGUAUGACCACGACACCACUGGUGUAAAUCGCUAUCUGCGCAUGUGCCAGAAGCUGGAGAUCCAACCAAUCACGUACUUCCUGAAGCACAUGCAGGACAAGGAGCUUGUGAUGAAGUACCAUGGUUUGGGACCUUUAGGGAUGAAAGCAAUGGCAGAUCCCUUAGAGGUGAACACAUCGAUAGAAAAGAUGGACUUGGAAGGGAAUUAUAUGCUUGGAAUCGGAGCCAAAUACCUCGCAAAUGUGCUCAAAGACAACGUUUAUGUGACAGAGUUGACAUUAUCCGAAAACAAAAUAGGCAAUAUGGGUGCAAAAGCAGUGUGCGACUUACUCAUGGAAAACAAGACCAUUACAUAUUUGGAUUUGAGAGGAAAUAAUAUUGAAGACGCAGCUGCUGAUGAUUUCUACAACAUGCUCUCGUCCAACGUUGACCUUCGGACGCUAAUAUUACGUCACAACUGCUUCGAGGACGAGGGUGCGCGGACGCUAAAGGACGCUCUCGCGGACAACGACACCCUCACGACGCUCGACCUGAGCUGGAAUCACUUCCAAUGGCGAGGGUGCUGCCAGAUUGCAGAGGGGAUGGCGGAGAACACGGCCAUAAAAUAUCUCAAUUUAUGCAUGAACGGUUUCGGAUACAAGGGGUCAGAGGCGCUGGAGGAAAUGUUGAAAGAAAACCACACCCUUCUUGAGCUGGACAUUAGCUUUUGUCAGAUACCCCUUAGCGGGGCCCCUCAUAUAGCGUCGGGUAUUCAGAACAACGACACGUUACAAAAACUCAAUAUCGGAUACAACCAAAUCCAAGAUGAAGGCGGUUAUGUUAUACUUCUUGGAGAGGAAAGAAAUGAAAAUGGACCAAUGAAGUACAUCGAUUUUGGGAAUCUUACUGUGAAACCGAAGUUCGAGACACUUGCCGUAUCUUUGAAAGAGAACCGCAAUAUGACUAUACGUUACGGUGGCGUAAUGCUUGACGUGACGUCAUUCAAGUCCGCUAAGCAAGACCUGUGGGCAGCUCACGUCAACGACCCGAUGACAAAGCUUACAGAGUGGUUGGACAAAGCGGGCUACAGGCUUGUUGACCUUUUGCUGACCUUUGACCGCGAUGGCAGCCUUAAUCUUGACCUCGAAGAACUGAAAGCGGGUAUACAUGGCGCUGGCAUAGACAUGACUGACCUGGAGAUCGAGUUGCUGAUGAUGAAGCUGGAUGACGACAACAGCGGAACUAUAGACAUGAAGGAGUUAAUGCACGGUAAUGAGCUCAACAUACUAGAAGCACGCGAAGCUCAACGCUUCAUGGAGGACAAGAAGAAAGACGAUGCCGAGCGACGGAAGUUGUCAAAAGCUGGAGACGCAAAAGACUUUCACAAACUCAUUAAGGAAGCAGACACCGUUCGACCAAUCGCGAUGGUGUAACCAUUUCGUAUUCGCCUCUUACUGACCGUAUGGACUGUUCCAGCAUUAUGACGCAUGCAACUAGUGUGGUUAGUCGAGAAUGUUAGGGUGAUCGAAAAUUACGACGGACACAAUAAAUCUCUUAAAAACAAUACUCAGCUUCCCAUACACAUGAUGAACAUAAUCCACUUUAUGUCGCUGAUUAAGUUUUGUAGGACAUAUGUGUCUUGUUAUGAGAAAACUGGGCAUAAUGCAAGUGCUUAAAGUGUCGUCCCAGAUUAGCCUGUGUAGUUCGCACAGGCUAAUCAGGGACGACACUUUCCGCUUUUAUGGUAUUUUUCUUUCAAAGGAAGUCUCUUCUUAUCGAAAAUCUUGUUUAGGCGGAAAGUGUCGUCCCUGAUGGGCCUGUGCGGACUGCACAGGCUAAUCUGGGACGGUACUUUACGCACAGGCAUUAUGCCCAGUUUUCUCAGAAAGCGACACAUAUAAUUAUUUGUUGGCUUUGUAUUGCGUUCAAACGAUGAUUUAGUUCGAUUCAAUAACAAUAAGCGGACGGAAUUUCUAAUUUUAAAAUUAUAACAGUUUUCAUAAUG